AUGGUGAAUCCGAGGCGGCGACUCCCGGCGUGGUACUAUCGUCUAGUUGCUCUCACCAUCAGGGAGGCUCGAGAUGUGAGUGCUCAGGACUUUGAUGAAGAUCUCUCCAGCCUCUCUAGCGCCCCUAGUCACUCUAGUGUCUCCGGUCUCUCCAGGUUCUCUAUCGAUUCUGAAAGUGAUGACGAGGAGGAUGGCGAGAUUUAUCAGGAUGAUACCGUGUCGAGUAGAUCCUAUAAUGGGGAGGAUGCCGAUUACUACUAUGAACUCAAAGCGGAGCGUAAAGCACGGAAACGGGAGUUGAAGGCAAUCAGAGAGUACGACCAACAAUCAAAGGACAGCGAGCGAGCUUUUGAUCAAGGCAAGGAAAAAGAAGUCCAAGAGAUGUAUGAUUCUCUCCAAAAUGCAGAGAAGCAAAGCAAAACACCUCUGGGGUCCAUUGUUGGCCGGUUCUACCUACAUUCGAGCAACCACGUCGACUAUUGCCCCGGUUCAGACAGGUUUCCGUCAAAAUAUGUCGAAUUCUAUCACCUGGACAAGGAUGGAGCGCCAUCACGACAUGGCCGACAAAUGGAAGGAUAUAUUUCUAUCAAUCCGGCCACUGACUGUUAUUUUGGGCCAUUUUCCCCUCCCAAACACACUGGGCUAGAAGAGUUUCAAUUAACAAGCAACUGCCGAAAACAUAACCUCGUGUUUCAAUUCCUCAGCCACGACUAUAUAAAGCUAAAAGUCCCUUGUGAAGUAGCUUUCAAGCGCGGGGAGACACCUACAGACGCACCUGAGGUCUUUGAAUUUGCAGGAAUCCGUCACGAUUUUGAAAAGGCCAAGGAAGAAAGGAAGAGAAAACGCUCUCCGUCCCCACGGGAGACUUACUUUGAGAUGAAUCAUCCUCAGGGGUGGUGGAAUCAAAAUCGAGGAUGGCCGUAA